UACUUUGAAGUUAUCUAUCGACAGUGAGGUCCCCAGGCUUGCCCACUCAUUGUCUAGCAGCCACCAUCAUAUUCCAUAUUCUACUUGUAUAACUGAAGGGCCUUCAACAUGUCUGGACACGAAGACCAAGAUGAUCUCAAACCUUCCAACACCCCUGGUUACAAGCCCUCCGCUGCAAAGAGCGCCGAAGAAUAUGCCAAAUUAGAUGCCAAUGAUGAAAGUCUGGCCCGCUGGAAAGCCAGUCUGGGUAUCACUGGAGAUGUUCCCGCAGGGGACACGAGUGGCCCGAAGGUCACCGUCUUGACCCUCGAGCUUGAUUCCCCCACUCUACCACCGGGAAAAAAACUCAUCUUCAACUUGAGUGACACCGCCAAGCUCGCAGACACGAAGAAGAAUCCUAUUGUCAUCAAAGAAGGAGUGGAAUACAAUGUUCGUAUCACUUUCAAAGUGAACCACUCCAUCAUUUCGGGUGUCCGGUACAUUCAGCUCGUCAAACGGGCGGGUAUCAAAGUGGACAAGUUGGAACAAAUGUUGGGUUCUUACGGCCCACAUCCGAAAGGAGAGGCGUACGCCAAGAACUUUGAUCCAGAGGAGUCUCCUUCCGGUUUAGUCGCAAGGUCAGGUUCAUACAAUGUCAGAAGUAGGGUCGUAGACGACGACGGAGAAGUGUAUGCAGAUUGGGAAUGGGCAUUCAAACUCGCCAAAGAGUGGUAAAUGGUAGCUUUUUCUUCCCAAACUUUCCAGCAUUUUGACCAUUCACUGCAUUUCAAUACACGCUACAAGCGCAUGUACUUGUUCCGUUCACCUGAUCCCGAGUAGCUUGCCUUUGUACUUAUACCACCUGAGAUGUACUAGUUACGACUAAAGAGAAUCUAUCUUGAGGUUAUAGUUGUAGCGAUGAU